GGGGGGGGGUUUGAAGGGUCUACACUAGUUAGCACUGCGCCGGGAGCGAGAACAAACGUCGCCUUAUCUACGAACCAGAAGCUUGGUUCUUAUCGGCCCCAGACUCGCCCCCGGCGAUCUGUCGACCUGCAUUGCGGGCAACUGUCUCUGGGGCGCACUAACAUCGCGUCAGCACACCAUCUCGGGUUCCGGAUUGUUGGCUCAACGGCCAGGGCCUGUUUUGUUGACCUAUCCGAGGCGUACCUCCACCCAUUGCUCUCAUCGGGCUGCUGCGACGGGGGCGCUUGUGAUCUCGAUCAAGAGCCGCUUGGCUGGGGAAGUAGCAUCUCCGUGCGCUUCCAUACGAGCCGCUCCUUGAAGCGACGCAGUACCGGGUUGCUUGUCCAUCCAAGGUUACAGCCCCCCCGGAACAUCUUCCUGAGCUGCAGCUUGCCCUUACGCCGCGAGAUUGGCAGCAACCCCCCCGGCCGUGGGCAUUUCGCUCAGCUUUUACCUACAACAUGUCUACCCCUUGCGCCGUCCCCCGGACGGCUCCCAUAGCCAUUGCGCCAAAACCGCCACGCUUCCCUCCAAGCCGCCAGAGCAGCAUACACCUUGAUUCGUUCCGCAGCGGCUUCAACUCGCCCGACUCGGACUCGGUUAGCGGCUUCCCGGCCCACCCUUGCGAGGCCUGCUUGAACAGGAAGACAGACUGUGCCAUGGGCGACGAUGAGGAAAGCUGUGUUGCGUGCCUGGUAGCCGGGACCGAGUGCUCUUUGAUCGAUAGCCCCGCGCCACGGAAGCGCAAGUUGAACGGCGACGUUGAAACUAGCAGUAGCAAGAGAAGUUCCCCGGGGCGGUCUGAUAUCAGGAGACGGCGGCAUCAGCAGCAGAGCUUUUCGUGCACCACGACCAGCAGUUCCCUGACCGAGGACAUGGCCAACUUUGGCGGUCCGACCUUGCUGAAACGCACCCUCGGUCUCCAGGCGGACAGAUACAGCCAGUAUAUUGGGCCAACUACCGACUUUGAGCCCUCCCUCAUUAACCUCUCCCCCUUUGACCCGCACGACGAGAGCCUCCUCGCGCGGGGUACUCUCAGGCGAGUGAGCGAUAAUGACACCUUCUUGCUGUUGCCUGAUCACAACACUCCCGGCUAUGACCACAUCCUCGAAGAUGCCGACGAGAUCGAGAACAUCGUGGCACCCCAUGGCCGCAAGCUGAUAGAUCUGUAUUUUCGGGUCGUGCACCCGGCCUUCCCCAUCAUCCAAAAAGGCGUGUUCCUCGAAAAGUACGAGCGGUCCCACCGCGAAAUAUCCCCCCCGCUUCUCUCCGCCAUCUAUAUCCUUGCCAUCAACUGGUGGGAGCACUCGGAGGAUCUGGCCGGUCUUCCCCGCCCUAAUGUUCGCGAGCUAGAGAGGCUGGUGCGGACCACGCUGGCUGAUGCCAUGUACCGGCCCAAGCUGUCAACCAUACAGGCCGGUCUGAUCCUAUCGCAGCGGCCCGAGGGCGACCAGUGGGCUCCGACGGCUCAGCUCGUCGCCAUCGGGCAGGAGCUGGGCCUCCAUCUCGAUUGCACCCACUGGAAGAUUCCGCCAUGGGAGCGCGGGCUCAGGAAGCGCCUGGCCUGGGCCCUGUAUAUGCAGGACAAAUGGGGGGCACUUGUCCACGGUCGACCGUCUCACAUUUUCGCUUCCAACUGGGCGGUGCAGAACCUCAACCCGAACGACUUCCCCGACGUCGAAUGGGACGAGAAUGACGUCGAGGAGAGGUUAGAGAUCGAGCGCGGCCGGGUGGUGUUCGGGCAGAUGGUGCGGCUCUCACAGAUCCUCUCCGAGAUCCUCGAGACCUUUUACACCUUGGAAGCCUCCCGAGCGACUGCCAAUGCGGGCGCGCAAGCGACACAGCUGAUCCUCUCCCUGGCCAAGCCUAUCCAGCUAAAGCUCAAAGAUUGGUACUCGGGCCUCCCGGCCGUCGUCCGCAUGGACUCGUCGCUUCAGAGCAGCCUCCAUCAGCCCAACCGUCUCUCCAGCAUAGGCUACCUCCACCUGGCCUACUUUGCCACGGAGAUUACCCUACACCGGCGCAUCAUCCGCUCCAUGGAUACCGCGGCGUCUGCGGCAGCCGCCGCCUCGACGCCCUCGUCUUCUGCCACCUCGCCAGGCGUCAACCCUCCUCCGGCCGGCGGUAGCAGUGGCGGCGUCGACCCCUACAUCCAGCAUAUUUGCCGCAGUGCCGCCAAGGCUCGCCUCAUCUCGGCGAUGGACUUUGUCAACCGCCUCACGCCCUCCCACCUGCGGGCAUUUUGGUACUUUGCCUCCAAAACGAACUUUGCCCUCAUUGGCACCUUUGGCUCUCUGCUCUGGGCGACGUCCCCCGGCCGAGAAGAGGGCGAGUGGUACCGCCGCAGGCUGGGCGAGUACCGCUGGACGCUGUCGGUCAGCUCGAAGCCCGGCGAGGGUAAGGGGCUGACGGAAUUCGCCAUGGGCAUGCUGGACAUCUCAACAGGCCUGCUCAAGAAGCUGCCGGAGAAGCCCUUGCUGAGUCGCAGUGAGAGCGGGGUGGAUAUCGACGCGGCGAGACGACAAAGCCUGUUGGCCUUGGGAGGGACCGGGAUAUCGGCGAGUGACAGUGGGGGCGGCGGUGUCGGUGGCAGUUCGUUUGGGAGCGCCGGGAGGAGCGGGUUGACCAUGGGGAUGGGCAUGCGCAGUGGUGCUGUUGGCGGUGGCGCUGGUGGUGGUGGUAGUACUCGUGCUGCUGCUGCCAGCGGUGCUUUUGGUGGAAGGGGUAUGCCUGGUCCGGAGAGCUCUAGCGGGAUGCAUAGUGCCGAGGCGAGCGGUGUGCAGAGUCCGCUCAGCGAGGAGAGCGAGAGUGAGGACGAGGAGACGUACGGCAACUUCUCGGCGACGGCGGGAAUGGCUGGAUUGGCAGAUUGAGUUUCUGCUCGGACCGACGACGUGCUCCCAGGCUAGCGCGAUUUAUCCCGUGGCUGACAAGUUGAAAGUUUGCGUCGUGGCAACUGGUGGUGGAGCGGCUUUUUGACUCGGCCGGAUAUUGCUACAACAUUAAAGAUCUGGCCGGCCCGUUCCUUGGUGCUGGUGCAGAGGAGGAGGAUAAGCCAUUGCGAUCGACCGUGGGAAAAGGGACGGGACGUUUGCGCAGCA